GGGACAACCGUAUCACUGCACAUGUAAGUCUGACAUAUGAGCGUCAUACCUUGCUGGACUUACAUUAACCACGAUCCACCAGUCUGCUAUUGUUGACUAUGGAAAGUCGAAUGAACGCCGUCACGGUGCACGUAUCACCCCGCAGGCAGAGAGACCGAUUCCUGCUCUGGAAGGCCUUGAAAUACCCAGCCUUUAAUGGAUCGUGACAUGAUAUUGAAUGAGAACUGGCGGGCUUGAGUGCAACCUGUGUUAAUUGUAUGCAUGAGAUCUAUAUUGCAAUAUGAAACCAUACUAUGGUGCGACUUGAUGGUGGUAACUUGAAAUCUCUCAGUGGCAGUAGCCGAGGAUGACGUUUAGACCUCGUAGUACUGCACCCGCGUCGACUGCGAUUCUCCGAUCCAUACACUACUUACCUACUAGAUAUUCCUCGUGCAAGCCGCUAUGUCUUCGAACACGAGAGUAUUAUACCUAGUCUACUGCGGUGUCGCAGUAGCCGUCUUGAAGGAGUUCAAUGCUGUGGUUACGGAGCCGUACAUGGAUGAACCUUUCCAUGUACCGCAGGCAUUGGCUUACUGCGAGGGUGAAUGGUCAACUUGGGACCCAAAAAUUACCACACCGCCGGGACUGCACGUCGUUCACAAUUUCCUACUAUACAUGCUCAGUGUGUUGCUGCACUGGGUCUUUAUGUUCAAAUGCAACCUGAAUUUGCUCCGUCUCACCACUACCCUUACCCUCUUGGCGCUACCGCUUGUCCUCACGCGGUUGCUGGGGUUCCAUCAGCGGCGUCGUUCACCACCAACAUUAGCACCCUCGAUCGAGGCGCUUAUUCUGUCUACCUUUCCAAUAGCGUGGUUUUUUGGUUUUCUAUAUUAUACAGAGGUUCCAAGUCUUGUUUCUGUUUUGUGUACCGUAGUUGCUGCGACGCAAAAUAAGCACUGGCUUGCUGGUUUGCUAGGAAUUGUGAGCUGCCUCUUUCGUCAAAACAAUGUUAUUUGGGUAUUGUACGCAUAUGCAGCGAGCCAGCUCAUGCGUUUGCGAUUCAAACCUGGACAAGCCGAACUACACGAUCCCCCCGCCUUGGGCGCUGGGCCAGGUGAUGCCCCAAAAGCACUACCUGAGUUGCUCCCCGCGUUUAUUCCUUAUGCGGUGGUUCUCGCACUUUUCGGUGGUUUUGUGAUUUGGAACGAUGGCAUCGUGCUUGGCGACAAAUCCAAUCACAUUCCUUCAUUUCACGUGCCACAGCUGUACUACUUCAUUGCGUUUGCAACAAUGAUCGGGUGGCCGGCAGUGCUUUAUGGCGAAAGCGGCCCAUUGAAGGUUGCUACCGAGGUCAUUUUGCGCAUGUUUGGGAAUAAACGGAGAACGCUUCUGACGGUCAUCAUAUCGAUCUUCAUGUGGAUUACUAUCCAGCGUUUCACUAUUCAUCACCCAUUCCUCCUGUCUGAUAACCGUCAUUUCACCUUCUAUAUCUGGCGUCGAGUAUUCAUGCUGCAUGCGGUAGUACCUUACCUGUUUAUUCCGGGGUACCAAGCGUGCGCCUGGGCAUGGUGGAUUCGUGUUGCCCGUGAUCAAUCGCUGUUGCAGACGUUGGUCCUGCCCGUUUUAAUUUUGCCUACAUUACUGCCUACUCCCCUGCUGGAACCGCGUUACUUCCUGGUGCCAUAUAUCUUGCUCAGGGCUCAGGUUGUGGAUGUGCAGCCCUACGGUAUUUUUGUCGAGGGCAUUUGGUACAUGGUAAUAAAUGUGGCGACUAUGUAUGUGUUUUUAUACAAAGAACGAGCGGGAGUUGGAAGAUUUAUGUGGUGAUGUAUCUAUGUACGUAGAAUAAUAAAUCGAGUGGACAGGGGUCAUAUCUGGACCCACUGAUGCAAACAAGA